AUGCCGCAGUCGCCAAACUUUCCGCCCUCCACGGAUGCUGCCAACAGCACCGGGGUCAGUACCACCACCGGCACUGCGCCCACUACUACCAAUGCUACCGCCACUACCACAGCCGCCGCCGCUCGUAGACUGUCCGCGGCGGACAGUGUCGGUGGCAGUGGAGGCGCCUACAAGCGAUCAUCCCUGCCUCCGGGCUUCCGUCCUCUCGGGCACCAUCUCCAUCAUCCUCAUCAGUCAGGACAGUACAAUGCCUCUCCGCUGCAGCGCGCGUUGACGCCACCCCCUCCCGAUACGAUGGGCCCCAACGAUCCCGAGCCAUUUCCCUCGGUCGAGUCAUUGGAGAGCGCGGGAUCCGGCCAGAAUUUCCACAUCUCUGGCUCCGGGCUGCCCACGUCGGCGUCAUCGAACGAGAACACUAGUCCGCUGCAGCACUACUCACACCCCUACCAACACUCCCAGUCGUCCUCUUUCGGUAGCAAAUCGGAUGUGCUAGAGAUCUACUGCGCAUCGUGCGGUCGGCCAUGGCUGCUCAAAAACGCCUUUGCCUGCACCGAGUGUAUCUGUGGCGUCUGCAGCGACUGUGUUGGACAGAUCAUCAGCAGUCCUGUGGUCACCGUCCAACCAGGAUACGCGCCGAUGCGCCGCGGCUGCCCCCGCUGCGGAGUCAUGGGCGGGAAGUGGAAGCGAUUUCAGCUGGAUUUUCGAUAA